UGGAGCAGGCAUUCCUUCACACACACACUCAUGCGCGCACACACACACACACACAUCCAUACACCGGCUCUUGCAGGCACACACAAACACACAGGUUGGUGUAGAGGGAGUAUUAAACUGAUAAGGCUGAUUAUGCGAAAGCUCUUACGCCUUUAUAACACACUCUCUCCCUCUCGAGCCCUUAGCGCCGCCGUGGCUCUCUGAAAAAAGUGGCCCCUACCUCGGGCACCAAUCUCAGCGGUUCUAGGUACGCAGCCAUAGCGCAUUUCACGCGUCACCUCACCCCCCGGGUGGAUUCCCAAAACCACCAGGGCGCGCGGGACCCACCAGACUGGAGAUCGACUGGCUCGGGAGCCGGACAGCCAGCCUUCGUCGCCGUACCUGCGCACGCGGUGACAGAGCCCUUCACACCACUGGCAUCACCUCAGCGCCUGCACUCCACUCUCUCAAGUGCUGUGGUGGGGAUGGGAAGCCCAGCUGGGGGUCAGGUGGCCGGCACACUGCACCCAUCCCAUUUGGCUUUCGCCGAGAGCUCCCUGACUGACCUGGAGCAGGACAGCUGGGAGCUGGACGACAGCAAGUCGGCCCGCGACGCCCUGGCCUCGCCGGAGCGCGGCCUGCAGGGACUCUACCUGUCCUGUUUCGACAUGCUCUUCACCGAGGACGCCGCCUGGCUGCUGAAGGUGGCGGAAGGGGCGCCCCCUGCUGCCGGCAGUCCCCGGCCCGAGCCUCGGAAGGACCCCGAGCAGUGCCCUGUCAUCGACAGCCAGGCCCUGGGCCUGCCCCUGGGGCUGGACUCACAGAUGGAGGAGCGAUCCCUGGAGCAGGUGCAGAGCAUGGUGGUGGGCGAGGUGCUGAAGGACAUCGAGACAGCCUGCAAGCUGCUCAACAUCACCCCAGACCCCAUGGAGUGGAACGCGGGGAACGUGCAGAAGUGGGUGCUGUGGACGGAGCACCUCUACAGGCUUCCCCAGGUAGGGAAGGCCUUUCAGGACCUCAGCGGCAAGGAUCUGUGCUCCAUGAGCGAGGAGGACUUCCGGCAGAGGUCACUGCAGUGCGGGGACGUGCUGUACGCCCACCUGGACAUCUGGAAGUCAGCUGCCUGGAUGAAGGAACGGUGUUCGCCAGGUGAAGGCAAGCUUACAGGAGGAGAGGAGCUGUGGUCGGAGGCGGACUCCUUCUGCUCUGGCCAGCCCAUCCACCUGUGGCAGUUCCUCCGGGAGCUGCUCCUCAAGCCGCACAGUUAUGGCCGCUGCAUCCGCUGGCUCAACAAGGAGAAGGGUAUCUUCAAAAUCGAAGACUCGGCCCACGUGGCGAGGCUGUGGGGAAUCAGGAAGAACCGUCCAGCCAUGAACUACGAUAAACUGAGCCGCUCCAUCCGCCAGUACUACAAGAAGGGCAUCAUCCGCAAGCCGGAUGUAUCCCAGAGACUGGUCUACCAGUUCGUCCAUCCAGUAUGA